UGUAAGAUUUCGCAGCCGAGUCGUGCUACUCAAGCGACGCUUAUCUGAGUAGCGCUCACAGGCAGCUUGCGGGGAAAGACAGCAUCACAAGCGCGACCGGUGGGCAUAUCAUACGUCGCGUGCUGCACAAGGUGGGGACAAGACUUUCUGGCUCUUUCAGGGACGCAGUGCACCUCGUAUCAUCUUUGGGCGUUGAAACCGAAACUAUGAGGGGUGUCAAGAUUAUGUUGGUGCUCGCUGUGGCGGAGGCCUUGUGCCAGGUGAGCUCGGGCAAGGACGCCUGGGUCAGCCUCACCUACGUGCCGGCCUCUUUCGAGAUCAAACAUGGACGCCCUCCUAGAGACAGCAACGAUGCUGUUGCCUGGGGAUCGUUCCAAAAUGCCAUCCACGAAACAGGGUUCGGCUACCUCGAAAUCUACACGAACGAGAGGUUACCGGACGAGUACCAGGCCUACGGGGCGGGGUUUCUGGAAGGCUACCUUACCAAGGACCUCAUUCGCAUGCACUUCGAUAACCAGUGGGCGGACUAUUGCGUCAACGAGACAGCAUACUGCAAGAAGCUUUACGACUUUUUCAACGAGAACGUGCGUCACAUGAACGAGCAGGUCGAGCAGUACCGGUCUACGAGCCCAUACUGGCAUCAGGUUGACCUGAUCCUCAAUCAGAUGGCAGGGUUGGACGACGCCCGGAGAGGUCACACUCAGUACUUUCCCAGUUGGUCGUACGUCAACGCCACAGAUCUGCUGUUCCUGAAUGCGGACGGUGACUUGGAAGACCUUGAGGGUGCCCUGAAGCGCCGCGUCAGCCGCAAGGUACUCGGCUCAGGCUCCUGCUCAGCUCUCGUCAAAGUGCUGCCCGGAAACAGGGACAUCUACUUUUCUCAAGUGACGUGGUCCACCUACGCCAGCAUGCUCAGGAUACUCAAGAAGUACUCGCUGCGUUUCCACAAGACCUUCGAAUCGAGUGACCGACUGAUUCCUGGCCACACGCUCACGUUCUCGUCUGCACCAGGAAGGAUCUUCUCCGGCGAUGACUUUUACCUGAUUUCGUCUGGCCUGGCCACCAUGGAAACAACAAUCGGCAAUGGCAAUACCGACCUUUACCAGUACAUCACGCCUCAGACAAACUUGGAGUUCGUGCGCAACAUCGUGGCCAACCGACUGGCGACCACGGGCAAGGAAUGGAGUGACCUGUUCGCUGAGCACAACAGUGGAACGUACAACAACCAGUGGAUGGUGCUGGACUACAAGAAGUUCACACCCGGCAAGCCGUUACCCGAUGGACUUCUUUACGUGCUGGAGCAAAUACCCCACUACAUCAACAUCACGGAUGCAACAAACGUGCUUCGGGACCAAUCGUAUUGGCCCAGCUACAACGUACCAUCAUCCGAGUUUAUCUUCAACAUGAGUGGUAACCAGAAGCAGGUGGAAAAGUUCGGUGACUGGUUCACGUAUGACAAGACUCCACGAGCACUCAUCUUCAAGCGAGACCAUGGCAACGUUCAAGACAUGGACUCAAUGAUCAAGCUUAUGAG